CGAGGUUCGGCCAAAAAUAAGCGGCAAUCAUCGGACGGCGGGCGACUCGGGACGAUGGCAAGUUGGUUUGGGCAUACGCAAACAGUCGCAAGCAUCUCCAAGUCCGUCACGACUGUCGCGGGUGGAAUCAUAUGCCUCGAGACCAACCUCAGCAACUUCAUGAAGAAGGUCAUCUACUACGAAGGAUUCUUCCAGCGGCGCAGUGGAAACCUUCCAGAAGAUGUAAACUACGCAGCGCGCAAACUCCUUCGGCGGUGCCACGAGUACCGCGAAGCAAUCCGUGAAGAACUUCAGUCCAGCGUGGCGUAUGUUGCCGAUGCCGGGCGAUGGAUCAUCGGCAUGGAAGACUGGAACACCAAGAUGGAGAAACGAAUGCAUCAAAUAUCGGAACUUGUCAUCUUGGCCAACAGUCUUUUGGCGGAAUAUGCCAUCACAGGAGUGCCCACUUCGAACGACGUGCUGAAUGACCUCAGCGCUUACGUCAACGUCUUCACAAGCACCAUCACACUGCAGGACGACGCGCUCUUUCACGACUCGCUCAAAGCCAAGACUGUGUCAAGGCACACAUCGCCACAGGAAGCACCUCACGUCGCAACCACUCCAUCUCCCAUCGACACAUCCAAGCGUCCCUCGCCUCCCGCGCCACUGCCAAUGGCGCUCUAUCCUGCCCCAACCGCCGACUUGGACGAUUUUGAUCGUCAUGACUUGGACUGUAGCCCUGUUCCAGACGACGACGAUCGGUUGAACCCGUUCAAUGUUACGAUGGACACGACGUUGCACGUCCAGCCGCGCACGGAACCGAUGACAAUCCCCAAGAAACCCGACGCGUCAACCGCGCGGGACAGCGUCGGCAGCAGUGGUAGCAGCGGCGGUCGGUCCUUGUCCCAGAGCAACUCGUUCCCGAACGAUUACUGCCAUUUGGAGCGUGAAUAUGGCGACGAACUGAGCGAAAUGACAUCGUUUUCAUCGACGGCGCCACGGAAGGAGUGGCGGCCAAUGGCGCUGCCCUUCCCAGCGAAGAAACGAAACGGACCAGCGCCCAAGCCAUAUGAGAACGCCGUGUACGACCUGACCGUGUCCUUUGACUUUCAAAAGGAGCGCACGAGCAAUCCGUUUGUCGCCAAGACGUUUGCUGUGGAGCGGAAAAAUAGCCUGGAUGAGCACCCGAUCAUGGAAGAGGAGCUGGGACAAGACGACGCGACGGACGAGGACGACGACGGUGGCCGGUGGUGGACCCGGCAAGGAGGGCCUCCGCAUUCCUCGCGUGUUGAGGCGUCAGUUGAUCAGGCAAACGUAGACGAAAGAUAAUGAACAAACGGGGUGAAAACGCCAUGAGUUGUCGGGUACACUGAAACGUCAAGGUCGUGGCAUCGUUCGCAAGCUCGACACAAACUCGCGUUCCUUGAGGGAAAGACCCCACACUGGCGACCCCUUGAAAUACAAUCGAUCGAUCAAUUGCUGAGUGCUUUCGUCCGCUACCAAUUGGGCAAACGAUGGAGUGUUAGCUGCCUGCAUGAGUGCGUGAAGCUGUUGAAUGUCACGUUCCUCAGCGCGGUAUCCUGGUGUAAAUUUGGCCGACCCUUCUGAACGCGACUUCAGGGAGCCGUAGAAACCGCCUUGACCUUCAGACGCAUGCCCUCCAGAGUACGUGGUAAAGGCAGCCGCGCGGAGCGAUGGACGCAGCGCGGACGUUGCACGGAGAAGGCAUCGAGACUGUGCAAGCAUAUUGUCAACAGGCAAG